AUGACGAGCAAGGGAGCGAUUAUUCCCCGUGAGGGCCUUUACAUUGAUCCAGUUUUCAAAUGGUUACGGCGAACACUGCUUCAUCCGUUCUUCACAUUGACAUGCUUGUACCUAGUGCAUGGUGCCAGGUUGAGCGUUGCUGUGCCAUAUCAAAGGCCAGUUCAACUGGUCACAGUGACCAGUAUCUUGCUGUUUCUUAAUGACUGGUUGAGUGGCAAAAGUCAAAACAACUGGGUUACAGACAAUGAAUGGGACUGGAAGAAGGAAGUGGUAGUAGUCACUGGUGGGAGUGGUGGCAUUGGGGGUGGUGUAGCACAACAUCUCGCCGCUAUGGGGGCUCGGGUGAUUGUACUGGAUAUCAUCCCUUUAACAUAUGAACCUGGGAAACAUAUCAUAUGCUAUAAAUGCGACCUUAGCGACGAAACGCAAAUUUCAUCUGUCUGCGAGAAGAUAGAAGUCGAAAUAGGUCAUCCAACUGUCCUUGUCAACAAUGCUGGUUUGUCUCGUGGUCGGACUGUUGUCGAAGGUUCAUACAGCGACAAUAUCAUUACCUUGAAGACCAAUCUACUUGCACCUUUCCUGCUCGCUAAAGAGUUCCUUCCCAACAUGAUCAAGCACAAUCAUGGUCACAUCUUCAACGUCGCGUCGAUGAGUGCUUAUAUUCCUCCGGUAGGAAUUGCAGAUUAUGCGGCGUCAAAAGCAGGAAUGAUUGCAUUUCACGAGUGUCUUGCGGAAGAGCUGCGAAGCCAGAAUGCACUCAAAGUUCGCACAUCGCUUGCCGUUUUGAGUUUUACGAAAACACCUCUUUUCAAGGGCGAGACAAACCAGUCCCACUUCUUCACGCCUCUGCUGCAUAUAGACACCGUCGUCGACACUAUUGUUGAUACACUCGAUAGUGGACUUAGUCAAACUAUUUUCCUCCCUGGUAUAUUUAGGUUCUUCGCAGGAUUGCGAGGAGCCCCCGUUUGGUUCCAGAAUUUUAUUCGAAGCGGUGCCAAAUCUCUGAAAGUGGAUUUCAAAGGGCGGCAGGAGAUUGACCCAACGACAGGAAGGCUUAAAUAG